AUGUCGGGCCAGGCUGAAUCCCCAACUAAAGCGCUCGUCCCCAACGACUCCUUGCACAAUGACCAAUGGAAAUUGGAUUUACAAAAAUCUAUCACAGACCUCUGUGCCCAGGUCAAUACACUACAGGCUAAUCUCAACCAAAUGUCGGGACCGGCCCUGCCAACCCUGGACAAUAAUGGGCCCAUCUCCAAAGAGCCUCUGGCUGACGACCAAUGGAAAUUAACCAUGAACCAAAUACUCACUGAACUCUGUGCCAAAGUGAACAACCUCGAAUCCGAACUCCGAGACCUUAAAUCCCAAACCUGUGCACCUCUAAAUGAAGGCACACCCAACACCUUCCGGUUUGGCUCCACAAGCCAGCCAGCCCCGCCAGCAAAAAGACCGAGGCCACAGGCGCCCUUUAGUAGCAGCUCAAAAGUGGGCAACCCCACAAAACCGACUCCCCAAAAAACCCCGAUCCCAUCGACCUCUCAGCCCCUACUGCAGCCGCCAGUACCCGCACACCUUCUGACGAAAGUGAUGGGCCGCCCGAAGCCGGACAAAACUCUCCAUGAAAUGGAUGACAUCACUCCUGUAUGGCUCAUCUUUUGGGCAAUUUUUCCCAACGGCAAGACCCCAUCCCAGUCAGUAUUUGAAAAAUACUGGCACGCCCAACCGCUCCUCAAUCAUCACCACUUUCUUUGGUAUCUCCCGUCCAAACCGGUUUCUGAACUAAAUCGCCGACCUCCUCCAGUGAAACGACAUGCAGAACUAACGUGGAAGUGGCAAUUUGAUAAAACCAUAGACCCCCGCUCCCAACAACAUCCUGACGCUACGAAAGCAGCCUUAAUCCACUAUCUCCUUACCAAGCGGGAGGCCCGCUGCACACAUGAACGAGCACCAAAAAUUCUUGCCCGUAGCAUGGAUACUUUACUGGACCCCCUUGUUAAUUCUACCAACGCAGGCAUUCUCCAAUGUAUAACGGACCGGCUCCAGAAGGCAUAUCAAGCAAAACAUACUACAAACCGCUUGUCACCUAACCCACGAAUCCCGACAGGCGCUAACACACAGCCAGAACGUGUGCAGCCCGGACGACCCCACGUACCAACGGCCUUCCCCGCACAGCCCCAACCUUCCACCACAGACUCUUCGACGACAAAAAACGAUAUAGAAAUGGCUGACAUCAACAAGGACCAGGGCCUAGUAGUAUUGACCGAGGAUGAACAAUGUUAG